AUGCCUUCCUUCACCUCCGCAAGCAUUCUCGCCCUCGCGGCCUCCUCGGCCCUCGCCCUGACCCCGACGUCCGCCAAGUCUGAUCUUGACGGAUCCGUCUGGAAGGCCCUCGAGAACGCCCACCCGGUGCGCAACAUCGGCCCUCAACUGCGCAACCGCCCUACCAAGCGCCAGUCCGGCUGGAACCCGCCCUCCGACCUCGUUGCCCCCCUCAAGGAGGUCUGGCAGCACUAUGAGAAGACGUACGACGGCAGCGUCUUCAACAACAAGAACUGGGGCUGGGACCAGGUCAUGGCCAACAACGGCUCCCUCAACAUCUGCGUCCGCUGGGACUCCACCGCCACCGUGACCGCCGCCCAGCGCACCAAGAUCGCCUCGGCCUACAAGGCGCAGUACCAGAAGUGGUUCAAGUGGCUCUACGGCUUCGACGGGUUCCCGUACUCCAACGUCGACGUCAACAUCGUCGCCUGGGCCACCAAGGACGCCUCCCUCCUCCAGGGCUCCACCGACGGCCUCGACGUCUACACCACCUACAAGGACGGCGACGGCGUCCCCGCCUGCGCCACCGAGUGCGAGCGCGCCGCCCACCUCGACGGCAACUUCAGCGGCUGCAAGAGCGGCCGCCACUUUGACCACUCCCUCUGGCUCACCGACGGCCUUCAGGGCGGUUUCGGCUACGACUGGGGCCAGCAGAUUGGCCGCGAGUACAUGAUUAACAACCUCGACUCUGAGAACAUUCACAUUCUCCUGCACGAGAUGGGACACACUUUUGGUCUUGAUGAUUACGUAGACUGGACCCCCACCGGCGAGUCCAAGUUCAUCAUGCUUGCCGGCGCCUCCAUGGAAAUCACCGACUUUGACGGCUGGAUGUACCGCAACUGGUGGUACGAGCUCUCCAAGAACCGCAAGUGGACCAAGGCUUCCGUCUCCGGCGGUUCCGCCGCCCCCGCCGCCUCUGCCUCCGCCUCCGCCACCGCCGCGCCCUCCAUCAAGGACGAGGAGGCCGAGGAGCCCGUCGCUACGCCCACCGCUGCCCCUGUCGCUACCUCCGCCCCCGCUGUCGAGGAACCCGUUGCCACUCCUCCCGCCGUCGAGGAGCCCGUCGCUUCCGUCCCUGCUGUCGAGGAGUCCGGGGCUACUCCCCCGGCCUCCGGUAACGCUGGCUCCGGUGCCACCGCCGGCAGGUGGGCCCAGUGCGGCGGAAACGGUUACACCGGUCCCACCGCCUGCGCGUCCGGCUCUACCUGCACCAAGCAGAACGAGUGGUACUCUCAGUGCCUGUAA